AUGAAGGUCAUCGUCUUCGCGGGGACCCAGGCCGGGGUCGGGAAGACCACGGUCGCGGUCGGCGUCAUGGCCGCGCUCCGCCAGCGCGGCCUUCGCGUCCAGGGCUUCAAAGUCGGCCCGGACCUCACGGACCCGCUGCUGCACGAGGCGGCGACCGGACGCCCGUCGUACAACCUCGACGGGUGGAUGCUCUCCAAGGAGUACAACCUCGGCAGGGUCCGCCGCGCGUCCAUCGACGCGGACGUCGCGAUCGUGGAGGGCGCGGAGGGGCUCUUCGACGGCGUGGAGGGCGACGAGCGGGGAAGCACGGGAGAGAUCGCGAAGUGGCUCGGCGCGCCCGUGAUCCUCGUGCUGGACUGCGCGUCUCUGCGGCCGAGGAGCGCGGCGGCGGUGUUGAAGGGAUGCCUCGCGUUCGACGACGAGGUCGUCGUCGCCGGGGUCGUGCUGAACAACACGAAGAACGAGGCGCACGCGAAGAUCAUACGCGACGCGAUCACCGCCGCGGACUUGGGCGUGGAGGUGUACGGCGCGGUGAGGACGUUGGAGUCGGCGGACGGCGCGACGAAUUUUCUAACGACGGGACGCGGCGGCGUCUCGGGAGCGUCAUCCGUCGACCGACGGCGGCAGCUCGCGAUCGUCGCGAACAAGGCGCUCAUGGCCGGCGGCGGGACGAGCUUGGGGCAGUCGCAGGUUGUAGCUGGCGGUAACGAGGACGGCGGCGCGAUCGGCCACGCGCUCGGUCACCUUCGAGGCGUCGGCGGGAACGCGGCGUCGCACUUGAUCCCGAGGACGUUCAGCGGCGGCGGCGGCGGCGUGCGCAUCGGCGUCGCGCGAGACGCGGCGUUCUGUCACUACUACCGGGAGAACCUCGCGUUGCUGGAAGCAGCGGGGGCGGAGCUCGUCGCGUUUUCUCCCCUCGCCGGGGACUCGCUUCCGACCGGGUGCAAAGGGAUCCUGUUCGGCGGCGGGUACCCGGAGCAGCACGCGAACGCGCUCGCGUCGAACCGUCCGCUUCGGAUGGCGAUCACCGCGUUCGCCGCCGGCGGCGGCGUCAUCUACGGCGAAUGCGGCGGCCUCGUGUUUUUAUCGCAGAGCUUGACGCCGCUUGAGGGGUCGACGCCGCGGCCGAUGUGCGGCCUCGCGCCGUUCAGCACGCGCGGCGUCGCGACCGAGCACUCCGGGUACGCGACGGUGACGAUCCGCCAGGGGUGCCCUUUAUUCCCCGCGGGCGCGAAAGUCCGAGGCCAGGUGUGCAGAAACUCGGAGAUCGCGUCGGAGCCC